AUGAAUGGGGAAACUGCCGAGGAUUGCGUAGAUUUUUUGAUAAAUUAUGCUCAUAGUGCUUCGGAAGCUGAAUUAAAAGGUUGUAUUAAUGUCUUACGGAAUACUGCAAUUGCUGAUGGCUUGAAUAAUACUGUGAUCUUACAACUAAUUGAUUUUUUGACAACUACGGAUGCUUUAGGCGAAGACACCAAAGUGUUUCUUCUCUCACACUGCUUAGUUCCUAAUGAGCUUAUCAAAGCAGACUGCAUAACACAUAUUCUGAAUAAGUUAAGUACUCCAACGGUAUUUGUUCCUUAUAAGACCGUACCCCCACCUAGACUACAAGUUGCAUUGGUAAAAUGGGUAUGCCAUAUUUAUCCGUGGGUUGAGGAAACUCAUUUCUUUAAAACAUCAUUUUCUAUUUGGUUUGAACUCUGGAAACUUGACUAUUUACAAAAAUGGAUAACCUACAUAAUCAUAUGGUCAUUCGAUGAAACACAUAUAACAAAAUGGAGGUGUAAAGUUCUACUUAAUGUUGGCAAUAACGUCGGAUAUGCAAACUCAAGGACACAUGCUACAUAUAUCUUAGGCGCAUUUGCUUCCCUAGAUUCUCCAUUACAAGAUACAAUUCACGACUACAUAUCAAUACUUCAUGGAAAUGAAAAAAGGCUUCAUAAACUAUCAGAAUUUGAACAUGACACUGAAUUAGUAUCAAAUAUCAAGACUGUCUUCGAUCGGCUUGGUGUCAUAGAUUCAUCGUUGUUUGAGGAUAUAUGGGCAGAGUUUGGUAACCAGUGCUCUUUCGAGAGUAGGACUGAUGCGAACAUACUAACUAUUGAACAAUUGGUGGAUAAUUGGGAUCGUUUUAGCAUUCCCUAUGACUUCAGUUCCGUUAUGACUUCAAAAUCUAAUAUUACCUGGAUAAAAUUGGCUUCUUAUGGUCAGAAUGACCCUCGAGUGAAGGGCCUGGAAGAGUUUUUGAAAAGGUCUCGUAAUUGUAGAAAAUUAAUGAAAAGUACACCUUUACUUUUAAUAAUGUUCCCAGAAUUAUUUCAUAUAAGGAAUUUGUCGUCUUUAAAUGAACAGCAGCAACUUUUAAGGAAUUCUGAUGAGAUAUUUGAGUUUCAAGUCUCACUUUGUUGUACUUUAUUUCAGACAUACAACUUUGAAAAUGUCGGUACUCAAAGCAGCAUUCAUAUCACCAUAUGCACUACAAAACUUUUAGGGAAUUUAGUGCAAAAUCAAUCAGAAGGUUUACUAGUAAUAUGUUCGAUACUUCUAAAAUGUUGGACGAAGUUAUUGCACUAUGAAAAAUACAUCAUUUUACAUGCAUUCGCAGAUUUAUCUUUGGAGCAAGUUUUAGCUAUAAAUGAAUCCUUACUUACAUCAGAUUUAUGCGAUUUUUUCGCCGAGGCUAAAGAUAUAUUGACUUCUAAAACUCUCAAUGAGAAUCAGUUAACAGAUUUCAAUAAAUGUAUAAGUUUCCUGGUUGGAUACCUUUGGAACUAUAACAUUAUUGAUUCUAAUUAUAAAUUGCUUCCAAAUGAAUAUUGGGAGUCUCUGCGAUCAAAUCAAUAUUUGUCCCACACUUCAUUUCCAUCAAAGUGCCUCUAUUCACUACCAAAUUUCGGCAUUAUGUCGUUUGUAUGCCACUCUCUGCUUUUUGAUAAAGAGACUACUUCAAAACUCACACAUUAUUCGAAUGAGUUUUCAGAAGGUGGUUUUAAAUUAUGGAUAAAGACAUUGAAUAAAAAUAAAAAAUGGUUUACCAACGUUUCACGAUAUUCAAGUUUUAGAAAACAAUUACUUUUGUUGCUUAAAGAAGACCACAAAUAUACUGGCAUUGCAAAUUUUUUAUUUACAUACGUAAAGAGUUUACAAGAGUGA